AUGGCGGAGCCCAGUGCGGCGGAGCAGCGCUGGCUGCAGGCGGCUCGGGACUUCGUCCGCCGAGCACUGCCUGCCCUGGAGGAGCCUGGCGAGUCGGAGCCGCCGCCGCUGGACGCGGUACUGCAGUGCCUGCGGAAAGCAAGUAGCGGGGACCUGCCACUCGGCUACAGUUUCAUCUCCAUCUCUGACCUACAGCAUCAGCAGUGCACACCAUGCUGCAGCCAUCUGACCUGGAGCACUAACGAAUUUAAAGAAUGGGCUCGUCAAGGAGAAGAUUCUUUACGCAUGCACACUGCGUUGCCAAGGACUUACCUAAUCUUGGUUGGUUAUCUAACAGAAGGAAGGCAAGAGAACAAAGAAAAAUUGGUAGAUGGUUGCCUAUAUGUGAAAGACAGUACUGGGACAAUUCCAUGUGAGCUCUUGCAUUUUGAACUUGAGUGGCUGGAGUCACUGUUCCUCUUCCCAAGCUGGUCAUAUAUACCCCAGACAGACCGGACCACAACAGGGUACUUGGAAAUUCUGAUGGAUCCUGUGCCAAUAAAUCCCCCAAAGGAAGUACCUCACAGCAUUCCAGUUACCUACCCAGCAUCCGCUGAGCCACUGCUUACUUCCAGGAUUCCAUGCAAGAGGAAAUCAAAUCUCACGGUAGCAGGUGAAUUGACCAGACUUGGGUCUCUCCUUCAUAUUCACCACAAGACAUUCUUCUUUCUGUUUCUGGAGUGCUUCACCUCAGCUAUUUGUGUCCCUGUGCUAGUGCAGAAUCCCAACCAGCUGGCAUGGCAUCAUAUCCUCCAGCUGGGUCACAGGUACACAGUAACAGGCUUGAGUAUGUCCAGCCUGAAGAAAACUGGGCAAAGGAUAUUCAUCACGGGUGUUUCUUCCUGCCUUCUGCCCUACUGUGCAGAGAAGGUGAGGAAGCAACCACUGGACAGUGCUUGGCAAGGAGAAUCCACUCAUUCUUCUUCCCUUGAGUCUGCUGAGCAGCUCAGUGAUUCCUUGGAGCUGGGAAUUGAAGAGGAGAUGCCAACAUCAACCAAAAAGUCCCAGAUCAUCUCAUAUGUGGGAACUGUCACCAAAAUACUCAAUGUCCAAGCUGGUCUCUUUUUACUGGAUGACAAAGUCUGUCUGUGCCUUGCUUACCAGCAGUUGUUGAACUCUGCACGUGGACUACGACCAGGAGCAUGUGUAGAGCUCAUUGGUGUCCACGUCCUGCAGAAGCCUCUGGUAUCCUUCUCUUACAUUGUACUUGGUGCUUGCCUGAGGAGCACCAUUAAACUGAAGAGUUUCUCAAGGCUCAGCACUCCCUACCAGCCACCAGCCUCCUUAGGAAACCUCUACUUACAGCUGCUUUUCCGCUACAACCUUGGUAUGCCAGUCUACCUCUGGCUGGUGAGCCUCCUGGAGAUGUUUGAGGAGAGAUUUUCUUGUUUCUUUGGGCGCCUUCGUCUGUUGCUUGGCUCUAGGCAGACACACCCAGGAGCUGCUGAGAAGUUUCUUGACCCCCUUCUGCAAGCUGUGGUGCCAGAGAGAGAGCAAGCAAGAGAUAUUUAUAGUGAAAUCUUAGGAAAAGUACACCAGUGUCCCCUGCAGGAGUAUUUGCCCCUGAACCCCCCAUGCCAGGCCCCAUCUCUGUCAGCACUUUGCCAUUUGGCAGAACAGAAGAGCUGGGAAGGUUUCAGUCCAUCACAGCUGCUCUCCCCCUUGGAGGCUCAGCACAUGGGCACCCAAGAGCUGAAUCGCACACUGGCCUGGUCCUACUGCACAUUCUCAGCAGGAAGUUUCCAGCCCCGACUGAUACUUCUGGGUGUGCUGAAAGUCUCCUCCAGAAGCAGUUCCCUCCAGCUGCAGGACAAGAGCAGCACACUUGCCUGUGUGAUAUCCCAUAAGGAUGGUAGCCCCUUUGCUCAUACAGAUCUCAAAGGAUCACUUUUGCAGGUGGAAAACUACCAGGUCAUAGUGGAGAGAUUCCUUCAGACUGAUUUCCCCUCCUGGGAGCACCUGGCAAAUCUGGAGUAUGUGAGGGUGAAAAGAACCAGUGUUUAUGUGCAGUUCUACUUUGAGGAUGUUCAGGUUCUCCAUGCUGCUGAAGGAAAAAUCCAGAAAGCCCUCAGAAGUGGAAACAGCUCCUCUUUGAGGAAGAAGGAUGAUGGCAGCUUAACAUGUGAGCUGGAAAUCCCAGAGGCAAAAGUGCUGAAAUUGAAGGAUCCUAAGCCAGGAACUCACAGAGAUGAGACCUGCCAGGGGGGCCAGAGCAGCACUGGAGGAACAAGCUGUGUGUCUCGCCUAUUCGUUGUUACCCAGAAAGAGGGUCUUAUGUUACGCAAUUACCAACUGCCCGCAGCAGAUGGAGGAGGACAGAAGCUGCAGCACAGUUUCCAAGCCACAGUGCUGUGGCUGGGCAGACCUCAUCUCUUGAGCCACCUCGGAGAAACUGAGCAUCUACCAGAGCUGGAGGAGACCAGCUGUGAUGGAGAAGAGGACAUGACACGGCAAGAAGCACUGCUGCUCUUUAUGGGGAAGUCUCUACAAUGGUUUCCAUUUCUGCAUCUGGAUGGGCUGUAUUGCUUCAUUGUGCCAUGCUGCUCGGACUUGGAAGUGUUUGACAAGCUCUGUCUUCCAUCUGUGCCACCAAAGUUCCUGAGCAGGUCAUCCUGCCCCAUGUGCCUGCGUGUCCAAGAUACCUGGCUCUUAAAGCAUGAGACAUGGAUUUCCAGUCUGACUGAGCACCAGCUGGCAGCCAGGUCAUUGCUGACAGGCAUGGACCAGAGAAUUUCCUCUAUUCCAGAAGUACUUAGCAACAGUUUCACAGGUUCCCUUGUUUCUUUCACCGGUGAGAUAGUGGAGAGGACCUUGUGUGCUUCUCCCAAGAACGAGAAGCCAUGUGUGACUGUUGGCCUCCAAAAGCAGAAAGGGAGACUACUAGCCAGUGAUCGCAGUGUGAAGCUCAGUGUCGCAGUUGCUUCGGACUCCCAUGUUUUGAUGGACAUUUAUGUUGCUUCCACCUAUCUGCAGCAUCUCUGGGGUUUGCUACCUGGAGCCAAGAUCCUCUUCCAGAACCUGGAACGCAAAAUCUCAAGAUUCCAUAAUGUUUAUUGCACCUACAUUGCCUCCAGCUGUGUGAGCAUCCUAUCUCUGCCAGCUUCUUACCUACCUUUUUCUUCCAGGCCUGCAAGGGAAGCCUCACCCCCCUCAUUUGUGUAUCUGUCCAGCCUGCAACCUCACCUGCAAAGCCUGCCCCGGGCACAGAUUUUAUGCCACUUGACCUGUGUACUGUUUCUGUCCCUGCAAUGGGUUUGCUCACUUUGCAACAGCAUCUUCAAAGAGGGCAGAUGCACUCGACACAGUCCAGCAUGUCCAUCACACACAGGAGUGAGGCAGGCCAGUGCACGGGUGCUGGUGGAGGAUGGAACAGGUGAAGCUUUCGUGCUGUGCAGGAACCAGCAUGUGGCAGCAAUGCUGGGCCUGAGCCUUCUCGAGUGGGAAGCUCUGCUAAAGUGUGUGCAGAGAAGGGGCAGUGUGUGCAUUCAGCACGGGGAAGCUACUGGCACAGGGUGUGCAGAGGAACCUGACGAUCUUGUUGCUUGCUACCUAAGGAGCCUGUGCAGGAGUCCUCUUAUCUGUCGCCCUAUCCUGCUGGAUUUCAGCCUAGACAGGAAGCCCUCCAGGAUCCUGCAGCCUGCUCCGCUGCAGCUGAGAAAUUUUCGGUGCAGUGAAGUGGAAUUUGUGUCACAAAUGAGACCUCGACCAAGCCUGCUGUGCCUGAAUGUGGAGGAGGUGAAACACAACGUCUGGAGCAGCAAGAGGAUUAGCAGGACAUCAAGUCGCUGCUGAGUGGGAGCCAUUGCCUGACAUCUCUCCUAGCGCAA